CUUUCUCUGACCUCUGGGUCUUCUUCCGACUUCUGGAAUCUGAGGCGUCCGGCGGGGAGGCAUAGAAAUUAAAGCUGAAAUCGUGGAAACAAAAUGUCUAAUGUUGAUGAACCACUAUAUCCAAUAGCGGUGCUCAUUGACGAGCUGAAAAAUGAUGACAUCCAGCUACGUUUGAAUUCAAUUCGCAAACUAUCAACAAUUGCACGUGCUCUUGGGGAGGAUCGAACUCGUAAGGAAUUAAUUCCAUUUCUAAGUGAGAACAAUGAUGAUGAUGAUGAGGUACUUCUUGCAAUGGCGGAAGAGUUGGGAGUAUUUAUUCCUUAUGUUGGGGGAGUGGAACAUGCCAAUGUGUUGCUCCCACCUCUGGAGACACUUUGCACUGUUGAGGAAACUUGUGUGAGAGAGAAAGCAGUGGAGUCUCUUUGUAGAAUUGGAUCUCAAAUGAGGGAGAGUGAUUUGGUUGAUUCAUUUAUCCCGUUGGUGAAGAGAUUGGCAUCAGGCGAAUGGUUUACUGCCCGAGUCUCUGCAUGUGGACUAUUUCAUAUUGCAUACUCAAGUGCACCAGAGACAUCAAAGACUGAGUUGAGGUCAAUAUACAGUCAGUUGUGUCAAGAUGACAUGCCUAUGGUUAGAAGGUCUGCUGCAUCAAACCUUGGUAAAUUUGCAGCAACUGUUGAAUAUCCUCAUCUGAAGUCAGACAUCAUGACAAUUUUUGAGGAUCUUACUCAGGAUGAUCAAGACUCUGUUAGAUUGUUGGCUGUGGAGGGCUGUGCUGCUCUUGGCAAGCUCUUGGAACCUCAAGACUGUGUUGCGCAUAUACUCCCUGUUAUUGUCAGCUUCUCUCAGGAUAAGUCUUGGCGUGUGCGUUACAUGGUUGCCAAUCAAUUGUAUGAGCUAUGUGAGGCUGUGGGCCCUGAACCCACCAGAAAUGAAUUGGUCCCUGCAUAUGUUCGGCUGCUACGAGACAAUGAGGCUGAAGUGCGUAUUGCAGCUGCUGGAAAAGUCACCAAGUUUUGCAAAAUUUUAAAUCCUGAACUUGCUAUCCAGCAUAUUCUUCCUUGUGUAAAGGAAUUGUCAUCAGAUUCUUCGCAGCAUGUCCGUUCUGCUUUGGCUUCAGUAAUUAUGGGAAUGGCACCAGUGUUAGGAAAGGAUGCUACAAUUGAGCAGCUUCUUCCUAUUUUUCUCUCCCUUCUAAAGGAUGAAUUUCCUGAUGUGCGCUUGAACAUCAUCAGCAAGCUUGAUCAAGUGAAUCAGGUUAUUGGAAUCGAUUUGUUAUCUCAGUCUUUGUUACCAGCCAUUGUUGAGCUAGCUGAAGACAGGCAUUGGAGAGUUCGCCUUGCGAUAAUUGAGUAUAUCCCAUUGCUGGCGAGUCAAUUGGGUGUAGGAUUUUUUGAUGAUAAGCUAGGUGCUCUUUGCAUGCAAUGGUUGCAGGAUAAGGUUCAUUCAAUUCGUGAUGCGGCUGCUAACAACUUGAAGCGGCUUGCUGAAGAAUUUGGUCCUGAGUGGGCUAUGCAGCAUAUAAUUCCACAGGUUUUGGAGAUGAUCAGCAAUCCACACUACUUGUAUCGAAUGACCAUUCUUCGAGCUAUUUCUCUUCUCGCUCCUGUAAUGGGCGCUGAAAUCACUUGUUCAAAAUUGUUGCCUGUCGUCAUUGCUGCAUCAAAAGACAAAGUACCCAAUAUCAAGUUCAAUGUCGCAAAGGUGUUAGAGUCAAUCUUCCCCAUUGUUGAUCAGCCUGUGGUGGAAAACACAAUUCGUCCAUGUCUGGUUGAGCUUAGUGAGGAUCCUGAUGUCGAUGUUAGAUAUUUCUCCAACCAAGCACUCCAGGCAAUUGAUCAUGUGAUGAUGUCUAGCUAGGAAGGAAUCUGACACGCCUUGAGGUUGAAGACUUGUUCUAUAGAGAUGAUAAUCUUUUCACAUAUCGUACUAUUUGGUGCUUUUCCAGAUAAAGAGAAAUGGCGUGUUGUGUUGAAUGUUGCCUAGUAGCUCUCGUCACUUGAUGGGAUUAGUUUUCUUUACCCCCCUCAGAAAUAAUCUGAUUUUAUUGUUGGAAUGUUGAUUGUGUUUUUGCAUAGUUUUUAUUUUUGGUUCUCAUGACUAAGUUUGUCAUCUGUAUCUGGAUAUGAAUAGAUUCGGCUGCUCAUGUGAUAGGGCAAGUGACAGGUCCAUCUCAAGCCCCA